AUGUACCUCAUUGACGAGUCGGAUUACCUAUUUAUAGCGAAGGAGGAAGAGGUAAUGAGUUCUUCCCGUAUCGACCCUGCCAUGCCAUCUUAUCGCAUUUAUGGCAUUAUGCUCGAAGGUACGACUAGUUGUACUUUGUAUGCCGUUACACAGCUGUCAUAUGGUUGUGACAUGAUCCAUCAGCCACGCAUCCUCGUACAAACUGCAUUCUCAUGGUUUCGAUGUACUAUUGCCACUGUUUCAACGUCACUUUGUACUUUCUCGCUAGUCUUUCUUUUCCUUUCAAGUCUUCAUGCCAGUUCGUUAGACUCAUUCUCCUUCUUCUGUCGACCUUUUCUAUCGUAUCCUUUUUCUCUUCUGAAUAUGGCAAGCACUGGGAUUUCUCACAUUGGGAUGUUAAAAUCCAAGUUAACUGUUCGGACCAUGGGUAUGCUCGUUCGGAAGUAUAACAUGGACCCCAAGUUCCAUCCUCGUCUGUCGGAGGCCAACGACGCCAUUACCGAUGCCCCUGAAGGCUUUGUGGGGUUUACCGAGUGUUCUUCAAAUUCGGGUUGCGUCUUCCUGCUUUCGAUUUUCUAG